AAUCUCUGGUCUUCAAUCUUCUUCUUCUCAUAAAAUCUAAUACAACAAAAGUUUUAGUCACAUACCACACAACAAAAAAUAAAUAAUAAAUACAAUAAGAAAGGCAGAGAAAACAGAGGCUUCAAUCGUCAUUCAUCAAUGCUCUCUUCCAAACAAUGGCAAUUUCAGGUUCAGAUACACAGUCACCAGCAACCAAGCACACCCUCCAAGUCCCGCCACUCGAAGUCGAGUCAAUCAAAUGUGACUCCUGUGGCUUCACAGAGGACUGCACGCCUGCUUACAUUUCGCGCGUGCGUGAGCGCUACAAAGGCCGCUGGUUAUGCGGCCUCUGCGCCGAGGCCGUGAAGGACGAGGUGCUCAGAUCAGAUAGGCUCAUCUCCAUCGAAGAAGCGCUGGACCGCCACAUCAGUUUCUGCAAGGAGUUUAGAUCAUCCUCUCGUCCGACUGAAACCGAGCACCCCAUCUCUGUUUUGGGAAGAAUCCUCAGAAGAAGUUUGGAUUCCCCUCGUUCUCUUCGCUCUAACUCGAGCAGUAUUUUGCCGGAUAUUGAAAGGGUUAAGGGUUCUCCACUGGUUCGAUCAGAGAGUUGCUUUUCGGCUCUGUCUCGUUGAAUGGUUGCUUCAAGUUCAACGGUAAAUAUGACAUAAGAAAACAGAGUAACUUCCUUUUGCUAUUUAAUUUAGAGUAUGUAUAGCUAUUAGAAACUUGAGACUUCAUGCUGAAACUGAUGAUAAUUUAGUUUUAUGUGUCUUUAUAAUGUAAAUAAUUUAUUCAAUGGACUCGUCAAAAAUUUUCUUAUAUCUUUUACUUGUUAGAUUACAAUGGUGCAGAAUUCUGCAAAUUUGUGUUGAUAAUAUUGACAUUAGGGAUGAAAAUGUUGUGCUU